AUGGCAGAGCCACAGCAGGAAAACAGUUCUUCUGACUUCAUAGCAGAACACGCUCUCUCACAUUACAGCAUCAAAAGAUGGAUACUUGGAUUUCUAGGUGAAACAAAGUAUGCUAAGUUCUAUAUAACCACACAGACACUUUUUGGUCCGGAAGUCAAGAUUAAGGCCUUUUUCAGGAAGAUUAGCAAUAAUCCUGAUGCAAGGACAGAAUGGCGUGAGGUUUUUGGCUAUUUCAUAGGAGAAAGUGAUGCCAUGUCUUCCCAGCUGAAAGAAGAAAACAAGAUUUUUCUUGAUACUGCUUGGAUCACCGGAUGUGAUUUCCUACCCCAACUGAAAUUUGUUGUGACUGUAACUAAAAUGACAGUCAUUGUCUGGGACUAUAAAUCAGAAUGGAGUUCAGAGAAUAAUUGCUUUAUCAUCAAAGCAAUGGAAAAUGGUCUCCUCUGGGUUUGCAUGGUGGCUAUGUCAGAUCACCUGGCUAAGGGUAAUAUUCCAGUGGGAGAUGACAAAUGUUAUGUUCACCUGCUUACUGUGAUCAGUCAUCACUUUGGAUUGAAGCAAUGUAAAGGCAAAACAGAAUCACAGCUUCAGGUCUACUCCAAAACCUUUAAUAUUGUUAAAUGCAAGGUACAAUAUGACUGGGUUGUGGAAGUUAAGUAUUUUUUUGACCUAAAUUGUUUUGGAUCCUGCUCCUCAGAGCAUUCGUUUGUUUUGGAUAACAUAAAGUGACUAGAGGACAACUUCAAAAUGACAAUUACAAGGAAUACCACUGCUAUCUAUGAAAAUAUCAGGAGAAAAAGUCAUGACAAGCUACUUGGUUUGUGGCAUCCCACUGUUCAUAGUAGGCCUACGAGGGGGAAGCUAUCAGGACACUGACACAGUGCAGAAAUUGUGACAAAUGAAGAAGAUCAACAUGUCAUCACCCUUUCCUCUGCAAAGGUAUUUAGGGUGUGGGAGAUACAGACUCCUUCAAUGCUGCAGGUCCUCCAUGGUCACCAAAGAAGUUGUGGAGAGAUGGAGACCUUUGCCAUGGUAUUUGACAGUGAUUGUGUGAUGCUUAUCACAGGUUCAGCUGUCACUGAAAUUUAUCUCCUAAUUCAUAUAAGACAAGACUGGAGAGAGGUGUCACAGAGACAUGAGAAAAGCAUCCGUGUUCUGAUUUACAACAAAGCUUUUCACUGGAUUCUCAUUAUCUGCUCUGAGUUGAUACUGAAGGUCUGGGACCUAGGAACAAGAUAUCAAAUGUAUUAGACUGAAGAUGCAUAUGGGCUGAAUAUUGGUGCAGCCACUGAAAUAAAUGAUUUUUAUCUUGCUACUGGUAAAUGUGAUGGACGGAGUAAUUAUUCUCACAUUCAAACGUUCAAGAGUACACACUUGAAGAACAGUGAAAAUUUAGGAGUCAGCAAAGAUGGAUGUCAUCCACUGGAGAUAGUUUAUUUGAAGGCUAAUGAGAGUCAACACACACUUCUUGUUUUGGAGCAGAGUGGGAAGAUAAAAAUAAUUCAGGUUUUUCGAAUACACUUUAUUUUUCCUAAUUUCAUUUGCCAGCUCCUAAUUUUCAAGUGCUACGACAAAUUUCUUCUUCCCAUUACAGAUUUUUCCUUGCAAACGAAAGGUUGGUAUCUUGCUAACACUUGUCAUUCCAUAGAGUUUUUACUAAUGUGGAAGUCACUGACCAGAUCAUCUUCGGUUAUAAUAAAGCCUAAAGAUGUGGACAUAAUUCAGGACUUGAAGUUGAAAUCUCUAGCUUCUCCAAAAGUAUGUAUAUGA